AUGGAGCCUGCAACUUCAUGUUUUUCUGGAUUUUUCAAGGCCUUUCUUCUCUUACAAAUCACGGUACCCACUCAAGUUAUGAGCUUGGAUAUACAGAUUAGCAUUCGGGUUCCAGAUGCAGAAGGGAUAUUGGUGGAGUGUGCCUCAGGAAGUUUGUUUCCACCUGCUGAGAUGACAUGGAGAGACAGCAAGGGGAAUAUAAUUCCAUACUCAUCAAAAUUGGACUCUCAGGAUAGUACUGGGUUAUUGUAUUUGAAGAGCAGCAUUCUUCUAAAAAACAGAACACAUGGUCCUGUUACAUGUUCCAUUUAUAAUGUAACUACUAAUCAGGAGAAAAAGAAAAGUAUUGUCCUUCCAGAUGUCCUGUUCAAACCAAAGUACAUGUCAUUGAUGUCCAACAAAACUUCAUGUCCUGUAAUAUAUUUGAGCAUUAUAUUUUUUCUUCAUUUUCUCAAAGGAAUACUUGUUUAUUGUUGUUUACUAAGGACAAAAUGUAAUUCCAUGGAAGAUUUGAAGAGAAUAAGACUUGUCUAUGAGUUUGCCUGUGAAUGUGUACUGUUAGCUUUGUAUAUUGGCUUUCUCCCUCUUUACUUGAUGUUCAGGAAUAGAGCUUCUAUUUUGGAUGAUGAUGCAUAUUCAUUGUAUAGUAGUUGGCUGUGGGACGUAUGUGUAAUCUUGAUUGUAGUGAUGGCAUUUUUCACUGUCCUCAUUUCGCUUCUAUUUUGUACCUUAAACACCAAAGAACAGGAAUCACAGGGUCAUUCAGAGCUGGAGGAUGAAAUCCCACCCUUACUCCAUCUUACAGAUGACUCCACACAACAAAGUUCACCAUUGCUGUUCCUAGGACAUUACAGAGAGGAAACCAUCCAGCUCCAAGGAAAUUAUGAGGAGCAUAACUUCCAUCAGCACCAGGGAAGUUGUGAAGAGGAUAUCUUCAACGCUCUUCAGCCUUUAAGAUUGGAUUGCAAUCUCAACCAGGGAACUUGAGGCAAUAAACAAAGACAGAAAAGGAUACUGAUUUGAACUAUAAAAUUUAUACUUAUAAAAUAUACAAUUGAGGGGUUCUUUUGAUUAAUUGCUUCCUCUUUCUCUUUCUUCUGCAAUUCCUUUCAGGUAGCCUUCUUCCAAGCCUUACUACACCACCUCUUCAAAUUGAUAGUCUUUUUUUUUCUUUGAUUAUUAUUGUUAA